AUGGCAGAUUAUUAUGAUGACCGACAAGCCUACAAAAUACACACGGCUGUGGGAGAGGUAGCGGACCCUGAGAUCGGGAGCUUUGGACCCCAUAGUGGAAGACCGAAGCUUCGAGGGCUGCGGCCUACUCGGGAGGGGAGCGAGGUGGACGGCCGCUGCCAGGCCUCCCUUCCCAGCUGCCACACGCUGAUUGCUGCGCGGGGUCCUGCUCGACUCCAGUGGUCACUUGCCUACUGGCUCACACGACCAUUUAAGUUAAUACCCCUCAUGUCAGUGGUCUAUUGCUUAUAA